CCCCCACACGCGGGGCGUGGCGCCCCCUCCCACCUGCGCACGCCCAUCGCUAAUUCUCCAGCACCCCAACUGUUUUCACUAGUAACAUCGUGUCUCGGCAAGAAGCAACAUACUCUGUUUUUACUUAAUCUUUGUGUAAACUGCCCCAUGUUGUGUAUCAUAAUAUUAAGUGAACGCAAACUUGUUUUCGGAAGAUUGAUUGGAAUGAAAACACAAAACGUACUAUACUGUUGAAAUAACAAGACUGUUUUCGUUUUAGAAAACUUUCGGUCUUUUGUCUUGUUUGUUGUUUUUGUCGGUUGUAAAUAUGCAUACGAUUUUUACCGAACAUCAGAAUGCGUAUUAUCGGCCCGGGGGCGGCUAUAGCACCGCCGCCGCCGCUGUGACCGCCACCACAAACCCCUACGCGUACGAGCAGUACUCUCGGUAUGGGUACGCCGCUUGGCACCACCAACAACACCAAUUAUCCACCGCCAAAGACAUGGUCAAGCCCCCUUAUUCCUACAUCGCCCUCAUCGCCAUGGCCAUCCAGAACGCCCCCGACAAGAAAAUCACCCUCAACGGCAUAUACCAGUUCAUAAUGGAGCGUUUUCCCUACUACAGGGAGAACAAACAAGGCUGGCAAAACUCAAUUAGGCACAAUUUGAGUUUGAAUGAGUGUUUCGUCAAGGUCCCACGCGACGACAAAAAGCCCGGAAAAGGCAGCUACUGGACUCUUGACCCGGAUUCUUACAACAUGUUCGAUAAUGGGUCCUACCUCCGCCGUAGGCGACGCUUCAAGAAAAAGGACGCGCUCCGGGAGAAGGAGGAGGCCAUCAAACGGCAACAACUCGACUCCGGUGUGACCAAACGCGACGAGAAGCCCUUGGAAGAAGCCAAGAAGCUUGAAUGUAAGCCCAAACGCGAGCCCACAGAGUUGAGUCAGUGCAUGAGUUCGAAAUACAGCGAUGUCAAGUCGGUUAUUGUGCACCAGGAGCACGUCAUCAGCGAGGCGAUGGCGAUGGACUCGGCGGCGGCCUUCACCGUCGACUCGCUGAUGACGACGAGGGAGCAGCAUGGGUAUGGCAACUCCGGGAGGUUGCACACCUCGGGAGGGAUGUACUAUUGUCCCAGUGCAACGCCGCAGCAAUAUAUUGGGGAUGAGGCCGCCCCCAGGUACAGUCCGUGGUAUAGUCCGGAAACGUCCCCGGAGUCGGGCUACAGGGAUAUGAUUUUUGACAGUAGUGCGGCUCCGAGCUGUCAAUUGGCGGGGUUUAGACACUCCGGAGUCUCGCCAAGUCCGCCUAAUUAUAGAACAGCAGCGGCUUAUUACCAACAGGACUGUGUGGGACAGAAAUACUGAGGGUUAGCGUUUCAUCUCAAUAUCAAGACUGAUGUUUGAAGGUUUUGUGCGAUUCCAAGAGAAGUGGAAAUUUGAAGAAAAGUGGUUUGACAUUGUUUUGGCAGCUGGUUUUUAUUUAUAUGUGAUAUGUUGAUAGUGUAAUUUCGUUUUUUUGAAAAUUUAUAUUUUUUUAUUAUUAGGAAUGGUGUUUCUUUUUUUCUUGUAUUAUACUCAUAGGUUCCUAUAAAGAUUUUAACCAUUCCCCGAUGAAUUUGCGGCUUCGGUGAGGCAUUUAGCAACUUUAUAGAAAGUAAUUACCUACGUGUCCGGUGUACAUAUUUAUUUGUAAAAUAAUGUAGAUGUAUUAUUAUUACCCACUGUAUGUGUUAAAAGCACGUAUGUAUAUUAUUUA